AUGGCUGACCGUGGGGAUCGAGGCGGCCGUGGAGGUCGUGGAGGUCGUGGGGGACGCGGCGGUGGCCCUCCUGAAGGAAGGGGAGGAGGACGUGGUGGUGGCCCUCCUGACAGUAGGGGAGGUGGACGCGGUGGUGGUUAUCAAGAUAACCGAGGUGGUGGGCGUGGUGGUGCCCCUACUGAUGGGAGAGGAGGUGGGCGAGGACGAGGAGACGGCGGUUUCCGUGGCAGAGGUCGUGGUGAUGGCACUCGAGGCGACUUUCGGGGAGGUCAUGGCGGUGACUUUCGUGGCGGCUUCAGCGGUCCUAGAGGUGGCCGUGGAGGUUUCGACCGCGGAGGAGGAGGAGGAUAUCGAGGAGGUCGAGGUGGAGGACCACCUUCUAACGAGCCACGCAUAUUCUCCGUUGGACCUGUUCCCCAGCCUGACAACGCCAUCACGAAGCUCGAGAAUGAGGUGGUGAAAUAUCAAAACUCUUCCAUCGACCAGCUCACAUCCCAGAUGGGUAAGUUGGGCGUAGAGGAUCAGCAAAAAGCCGGCAUGUUUCCCCCACGACCUGCUUUCGGAAGCGAAGGACGUCCGGUCAUUUUGUUUGCAAACUACUUUCAAAUUCACACUAAGAUGCCUGUAAUCUACAAAUAUACCAUGACGGUCAAGGAGAUCGUCACUGAGACGGAGGAGACGAAAGAGCGCGCUGCCAAACCUAAGGGGAAGGGCAAGCCCGGAAAGCCUCAGAAGUCUGGUCCUCGCGAAGUCAAAGGCCGCAAGCUUUUCUUCGUCAUUCAGGAGACUCUAAAGGAGCUCACCAAGAAUGACAAGACAUUACUUCUGGCUACUGAGUUCAAGUCGCAAUUGAUCUCCCUACGAAAGCUCAAUCUGGCCAACGACAAUACCCUCCGAGUGAGCAUGGUGUCUUCAGCAAACCCUGAAAAGACCGACCUCUUCGAAGUUGCUUUGCAUGGUCCUGCCGAAGCUCGGGUUGAUGAUAUGCUUAAGUAUGUUAACUCAAACACCGGAGUUGCGAAAGAUGCGAGCAGCAACUCCGACGACGACGCGGCUAAGGCCAUGGCCUUUCCUAAGUUCCCCGACGUUGUUGAUGCUCUGAACAUCAUCUUCGGCUUUGGUCCGCGUUCCAAAAUUGACGAAAUCAGUGCCAUAGGCAGCUCGCGAUUCUUCUCAUUCAAGAAUGGCGGGAUCACUACAGACAUGUCUAUGAGGGGCAGACCCCUAAUUGCUGCGCGAGGGUACUUCCAGUCAGUACGCCUAGGCACUGGUCGUCUUCUUCUGAACACAAACGUCACUUGCGGUGUCUUCAAACUCGAUGGCAAGUGUGAUCAGAUCUUCAAGGGCUUGGGGCUACAUGCAGCACCCAAGAAAGAUCGCUCGAAUAUGCCCAAACGGCUGAAGUUGAUCAACAAAUUCCUCCCCAAGACUCGUGUAUGGGUAAGGAUGAAGUUUGGGAACGGUAAGGAAGUUCGCAAACUCAAGGCGAUCUAUGGCCUAGCCUUUGCACCGGAAAUCCUACGAGCAUGUCAAGGUACAAAGAACCCACCCCAGUUUCAGCCUGAUUGGGAAUAUCCUGGUCCAGAGAACGUGAAGUUCUACCGGGAAGAGGACGGCAAAGGUCAAUAUGUUACUGUUUCGGCCCAUUAUAAAGAGAAGUAUGGUGUCGACCUUCAGAACUUUCCUGUCCUGAACCUUGGCACUCCUGCAAGGCCCAUGUUCGCCCCGGCAGAGUUCGUUGAGAUUCAAGCAGGACAGUCGAUAAAGGCAAAGCUGAACAGCCAAGAGUCAACCGCGAUGGUUCAAUUUGCUUGCCGAUCGCCAUAUGCGAACCUCUUUUCUAUCUCCAACGACGCUCGCGAGACCCUGGGCCUCGACGAUGAGACAAUGGGCCAAUUCGGCAUCCAAGUUGACAAGCAACCCCUAACCGUUCAGGGGCGCGUUCUCGUUGCGCCCGGAGUUGCUUACUACGACUUGAAGAAGAAGCUUAUCCAGAUUGUCCCACGUGACGCAUCUUGGAACAUGCGAAAUAUUAAGGUAUAUAAGCCUGGCAAGCCUAUCACACGCUGGACUUACAUCAACGUAAUCCCGGGGAGGUUUGGAAAUGUUCCACCCAAAGUUGUUAACGACUUCGCCAACUUUAUGAAGGGGAUGGACAUCAAGAUUGGUGCCCCGGUGAACCCUCCCUCGGACACCAUCACCUACAACCAAUUCAUGCAGGGAGAUGCAGACAGAUUUUUCAAGUGGGCCAAGGAGAAUCAGAUGGAGUUUGUACUUGUGAUGCUUGGCACGUCGGAGUCAGAGGUGUAUGGGAAGAUCAAGACCUUGGGUGACUGUACGUAUGGCAUUCAUACAUGCUGUGUCCAGGCCGACAAGUUCUCCAAAGGACAACCCGGGUAUUUCGCCAACGAUGCUCUCAAAUGGAACUUGAAAGCAGGCGGCGUCAACCACAAACUCCACAACGAGUUUGGCAUUAUCAAGGAUGGCAAGACCAUGGUUGUUGGGUACGAUGUUACACACCCAACCAACAUGCCUUCAGACAAGAGCGACGCUGCCCCCAGUCUUGUUGGUUUGGUGGCAACCAUCGAUCGGGAUAUGGGACAGUGGCCUGCUUCCUCUUGGGAGCAAUCAUCCAAGCAGGAGAUGCUCGACGAGACUUUGACUGAAGCGUUCAAGUCCCGUCUUGAGCUAUGGAAGAAACACAACAAGGGACAGUUGCCCGAAAACAUUGUCAUCUUCCGUGAUGGUGUAUCAGAAGGUCAAUUUGCCCAGGUCCUCCAGAAAGAGCUGCCACGUAUUCGCAUAGCUUGCAAUGCAACCUAUCCGAAGAACAAAGCGCCCAAGAUCGCGAUCAUCGUCUCCGUCAAGCGACACCAGACGCGUUUCUAUCCUACUACCGAAGACAACCUACCAUCCAACAACAAUAUCCAGGGCGGUACCGUUGUGGACCGAGGAGUGACGCAGGCCAGGUACUGGGACUUCUACCUUACUGCGCAUGCAAGCAUCAAGGGCACGGCUCGUCCUGCUCAUUACACUGUCUUGCUGGACGAGAUCUUCCGGGCCAAGUUUGGAAAAGAGGCCACCAACCAGCUCGAGAAGUUCACUCAUGAGCUUUGCUAUCUGUUCGGACGCGCUACCAAGGCUGUGAGUAUCUGCCCUCCGGCGUACUAUGCAGACAUCGUGUGCACAAGAGCCCGAUGCUACCGCCCUGAGUUUUUCGACAUCAGCGACACGGAGAGCAUCGCUACUGCUGGACCAGGCUCGAGUACUGGUGGUAGCAACCAAGUCCACCCAGCGCUCGCUGAUUCGAUGUACUACAUCUAA